GUAACAUUGCCUGGCUGGAGGGCUGCUGAGAACAACCUGGAGUUCUUGCUCAGGUAGAGGAGGGGAAAAUGCUUUGAGAGUCGGACAGGCUGCAUCCCGUGCCAGGGUUCCCCAAGAACACGGAGCUGAGAGGCUAAAACUCUCCAGAAUAAAUGGUGAUGAAAAAUCUAACAGCAGCGAGUGAAUUCAUUCUCCUAGGACUUUCCACUUCUCCACAUCUCCAGGUUUUCCUUUUCCUGGUGUUUUUUGUUAUUUAUAUAAUUACCCUGCUAGGAAAUGCAGUGAUAAUGUUGGUGGUACAUAAUGACCCACACCUCCAUACCCCCAUGUACUUUUUCCUGGGUAACUUAUCUUUUAUUGACAUUUGUUAUUCUUCAGUCAUUGUCCCAAAUAUGCUUCAUACCUUCUUAGUGGAGAGAAAAACCAUUUCACUUAGUGGCUGCAUCACCCAGAUAUUUUUCUUUCUGUUUUUUGCUACAGUUGAGGGGUUAGUUCUUACAGCAAUGGCUUAUGAUCGGUAUGUGGCCAUAUGCCAUCCUUUGCAUUACACUGCAAUUAUGAAGCGUUGGGUUCACAUCCAGCUGGCAAGUGGUGCAUGGGUAACUGCAUUUUUCUAUUCCUUGACGAAUACCCUACUAAUAACUGAUCUGCAUUUCUGUAGACCCAGUCUAAUUAAUCACUUCAGCUGUGAGCCCCCACAACUGUUCAAGAUCUCAUGUAGUGACCCCUUUACCAACCAGCUUGUGAUUUUCACUGUUGGUGCAACAUUAUGGGGGACAGCUUUUCUCAUCACAUUGAGUUCAUAUGUGCUUAUAAUUUCUGCUGUCUUGAGACUCCAUUCAGUGGAAAGAAAACACAAAGCUUUCUCUACUUGCUCUUCCCAUUUGACUGUGAUUUUUAUGUACUAUGUACCAAUUUUAUUUAGGUACCUGAAACCCACCACACAUACCUCACAGGAUCAGGAGAAAUUAAUUUCAGUGGUCUAUCUCAUUAUCACACCUAUGUUGAAUCCUAUAAUAUAUAGUCUAAGAAAUCAAGAAGUGAAAAAGGCCCUGGGAAAUUUCUUCAGAAGAACAGGAUAAGCACAUGGAGCAGCUGGGCUAUUAAAGUUCUUUCUAAAGAGCAUUUCUGCUUUACAAGGAAACUCUUUUGAAGUACUUGGCAUUCUUCCUUUCUUUUUUUUCCCCCUUAGUAAAUAUACUUACUAUAGUAAAAUGAAUGAAAUAAUGAUCUCUUUUCAGUCUUUAAACCAAAAUAUUUGAGGGAAGGGGGCAGAGACACAUAAGAAAAAAAAAACCAAAAACAAAUUGUAAUCCAUCCUAUGCAUCACUCUCCAAAAUGUUCCAGUCACUGAAAUAGCAAGAAAAAUGUCUCCUCCCAGCUAUAUCUGCUUAAUUUUUGACCUGGCUACCAGUGUCAACAAAAAGAUAACAAUUUAAGAGAGACAUGAUUGCAAAAUAUGCAGUAUAAUAUAUGGAUGGGUAGCCUCAGAACGUUGUGCUCCUGGCAAUGGUUGCAGCCUCCGAGAAAUCCUAUAAUAAAAAUAAGUGCGCUAAGGAGGUUGUCAGGAUUUGAUACAUGGCCAGGGGUUAGUCUGGGAGAUGAGCAAUGGCCAAAUAAAGUUCACAAUAAAUGGUUCAACAAGUUCAGCAGGGGUUUUUCUCAACUGAAAAAAAAAUCUGGGGAUAUCAGGGUUUAUUUCUGUGACGGGUUGUAUGUAAAACUUGUUGUGAGAUGCAUGGUUUCUCCCCACAAGGGAUAUGAAUGAGACUAAUGAACUGGAUGGUUAUCCUUUUUUUCCUCUACGUUCUUCUGUAGUGCUCACUAACUGAAAUGUGGGGGUCUUUCUUGUGCCAUGUAGAAGGACAUACUGAGACAGAACCAUCGAGGUCUUAGAGUUUCAGUAACUGAGAAGAAUGUUUUCUUCCAUAAUGGCUUCCAAGGCUGCAUAACUGAAAAGCCUGUGGCUAGGACCAGAUAUUAAAAAUAAAUAAAUAAAUAAAUUUUAAAAAAAAACAAACCUGUUCUGGGGAAGAAAUUUGUAAUUUGAGAAAAUUGUCAUGUUUGUCCAAAACGAAGAAAUAGAGGGGUUGCUGGCUAAUUUUAGUGAGUGUCUCAGAGCAUAGAUGGCUAAAGAAAUGAGUAUGAAGCUGGAAUCCUAGAGUACAUUUCCACCUCUUGAACUGUAGUGAAGGAAACUUAGAUUAGAGUGUGGAUAGUGAGGCAGUGGGAGGUUGUGGUAUCUCCUUCACUGGAGAUUUUCAAGAAGUGGCUAGAUAAGCAUUUAGGAAUCUUAUUCCUAAAUUUGUACAAUGGGGUGGUCCAGGUGACCCCUGAGGAUUCUUCCGACCAUAUCAUUUUAUGAUUGACCUCUGUUGUGCUGGCUUGAAGCCAGAAGGUCAAUGACAAGGUAUCAACAUAAUCCUGGAUGAGUUAUCUGCUGGAAUCAACCCCCUCCUAGGAAUGAAAUACAGAGUUUCAUCCCCAAAGGACAAUGAACAUCAGUCUUUCUCUUGUAUAGAUUCCACAGCAGUAGUCUCUUGCAUGUCACACAAGAGCUUGCAGGAGUUUGUGUGUGAUUAAAAAAUGAGCACAUGCAUGAAGAAUUAAAACAUCCAAUGGACCUUACAUGAGAUGUGGACACCUAUUACAAGGUCAUUCAACCUUCUGUGCACACAAACUGUUCAUUAUUUUUGGAGAAUUUGAGGCGAUCUAAAAAUAAAGUAUUCUUUCUCUCUUCAACAGGGUGGUCUGGCCUUUUAGGGAUCUGUCAUUGAAAUUUUUUCCUCAAAAAAAAAAAAAAAAGGAUUAAACAAAAUAAAAGGGUUUGGCUGUCUGAUUUAACUGCCUAUAUUAUAUACACAUCUGUAGAAUAGAGCAAUAUCAAGUUAGGGGAAACUGUCCUAAAGGAAAUGUCAGCAUUUAGAAGUGGCAUUGUAAUCCCAACAGAAAGCCAAUUCCAGAAGGGCAUUUAAAACCUAA